CUGUGACAUCACACACACACUGUGAGAUGGAGGAUUUUGUUUCCACUCGGCAGGUUUUUGGCGCUGCAUCAGAGAAGAAGACGGAGAAGAAGAGGAGGAGGGGGAGGAGAGAGCAGCGCGGCGGGCAGACCGGAGGAGCAGAUUAACAGAUGACCAGAUAACCUGAUCAUUACCUCGAGGAAAGCGAUCGAUAAGGGGCAAAGGCGGCACAGCUGUUUUCAGGAGGACAGAUGGAGAACGGGGAGAACCUGCUGAGUGUUUGUGUUCUGCUGCUGCUCAUCACUCAGGUCGGUCCCGCAACCCCUGAGGAGGGCUGGCAGGUGUACAGCUCGGCGCAGGACUCUGAUGGUCGGUGCGUCUGCACGGUUGUGGCUCCUCAGCAGACCGUCUGCUCCAGAGAUGCUCGAAGCAAACAGCUGCGGCAGCUGCUGGAGAAGGUGCAGAACAUGAGCCAAUCCAUCGAAGCUCUGGACCAGCGGACUCAGAAGGACCUGCAGUUUGUGGAAAAAAUGGAGGUUCAGUUAAAAGGCCUGGAAGACAAAUUCAAACAAGUGGAAGACGGACAUGAGAGCAACAAUGCCAGACAGUACAAGUUCAUCAAAGCAAAGAUGGAGGAGCUGCGUCCCCUCAUACCAGUUCUGGAGGCCUACAAAGCAGAUGCCCUGCUGGUCCAAAGGUUCAAAGAGGAGGUGGCAAAUGUGACAGAGCUCUUGGGGUUGCUCCAGGAACAGCUGGGGGGCCUGGACUACCAGGAGCUCCAUGGGCGGGUGAUGAACCUGGAGGAUCGGUUGAGGGCCUGCAUGCAGAGGCUGGCCUGCGGGAAGCUGACAGGAAUCUCCGAGCCCGUCACCAUCAAGACCUCUGGAUCCAGGUUUGGAUCGUGGAUGACUGACCCACUGUCACCAGCCGGAGACAACAGAGUGUGGUACAUGGAUGGUUACCACAACAACCGCUUUGUGAGGGAGUACCAGUCCAUGUAUGACUUCAUGAUGUCGGAUAACUUCACCUCCCACCGCCUGCCCCACCCCUGGUCUGGAACCGGUCAAGUGGUUUACAAUGGAUCCAUCUACUACAACAAGUUUCAGAGCCACACCAUCAUCAAGUUUGACUUCAGCACGUCGCUCAUCAGCCGCUCCCGACAGCUGGACUUUGCCGGUUACAACAACAUGUACCAUUACUCUUGGGGGGGGCACUCUGACAUCGACCUCAUGGUGGAUGAGGGGGGGCUCUGGGCCGUGUACGCAACUAAUCAGAAUGCUGGAAACAUCGUUCUCAGCCAGUUAAACCCCAACACGUUACAGAUUAUCCGCAGCUGGACCACCAACCACCCGAAACGCAGUGCUGGCGAGUCCUUCAUGAUCUGUGGAACUUUGUACGUCACUAACGGAUACUCUGGUGGAACCAAAGUGUACUACGCCUACUCCACCAACUCCUCCACCUAUGAGUACAUUGAUAUUCCCCUCACCAAUAAGUAUAGCCAUCUUUCCAUGCUUGACUACAACCCCAGAGACAGGGCUCUUUAUGCUUGGAACAACGGCCACCAAGUCCUUUAUAACGUCACGCUUUAUCACAUAAUCCAGUAAGGUGUAAACCAGUGCAGCGAGUCCUUCACAGCGUUGCUGCUCCAAACCUGAAAUGAUUGGAAUUCAAGACUCACACCCCUCGCUAGGACUCUGCGAUUUAGCCAUUCCCCGUUGAAUGGGCGAGCAAACUAAUCAGGUCAACCCGUGUUCUUCCAGGAGCGAGGGAGGUCCAGAAGUUCACUGCAAGCAGGACCUACUGGUUUUACCCUUUAACUCUGCAGCUCUGGCUCCAGCACUGAUGCUCUUUAGACUAUCGUAACUCUUCAACCAAAUGACCUAAUGCCAGUGGAUUCUGAAGCGCAGAAAAGCAGCCUUGUGCUGGUAUGCAACACUUUGUUAGUAAUGUGUUGCUUAACGGUGCAAAGCUGAUAUAAAAAGCUGCUUUCCUCUGUUUCCAAAUCAGCUGAACGGUUGAGGAGUGAUGAUAAGUCCGAGCAUGUUAAAGGGUUAAUCAAACCAGUUGUUGACAUGUUGGGCACACUGCUCACUCACAUUAACGCAAUAGUUGCCACAUUCAGGAGUUCCAUGCAUGUCAUACUAGCCACAACCAGUCCAAGCCAUGAAACUGAGACAUGGUCAGAGUGUGCUCUUCAUGCAGUUGUAUUAAAAGAAGACAGGGAUUUCUCUGAGAUGGAGGUAGCUAAUGCUAAUGCAAAUGCUAACCCACUGCUUCCCAAUCUGGACCAAAUCAAAGACCUCUCUCAGUCCUGGAACUCCACACUGAGUGCUGGACUGUUAACUUCUUGUGUGACUGCAUACUUCUACGAAACCAAUGUGAAGUUUUUCUUUUAGCACCUGCCAACAGCAGAGAUCUUUGUCACAAAUGCAUGGAACACCUGCAACCAGACGGAGGCAGAACUCUACGCUUUUUAUGAUAGUUUUUGUCAGUGGGUGUUUUUUAUCGCCUAUAAAAGGUAGUAUUUACUCUCACCUAAAUAUGAUAGCAAUGUCUUUUCUUACUGUUGUGUAUCGAGUAGCAAUACAGACUGUUUUUCUCUUUUACAGUAGAUUAAGGAAUCAGCUGGAGACUUUCCCCCCAUACAUCCAUCCAUUUUCUUAACGCACUGCAACCCUUUCAGGGUGCCGGAGCCUAACCCGGCUACUGUUGGGCGAAGGCGGGGUACGCCCUGGCCAGGUUGCCAGUCUGCCGCAGGGCCACAGUCACCUCUAGGGACAGUUUUAGAGUAAUCAGUUAACCUGUGAAGCAUGUUUUUGGAGAGUGAGAGGACGUUGGAGUCCUCAAAGAAAACUCACACAUGCACGGGGAGAACGUGCGUACGCCACACAGAACGGACCCCGUCAGGACCUUUCUGUGCUAAACCGAGAACAGAGAGAUCCCUGUGAGGAGAAAAGCACUAACCACUGCGGCACCGUGCUGUCCUUUUCCCUACAUCUUUUCUCAUAAUUUUUUCAAAAAUCUCACCAUUCGCCCCACACAGGUUUCUGAUUCCUUUGCUGCUGCAAACAGCACUUGGGUUUCUUCUCCCACAUUUUCUUCUUCUGACGAGGAACUUGAGAGGGAUUUGUCAUCGCUUCACCCUCCCUCCAGCUUCCCUCCUCAAACGGAUCAGCGUUUGCGGGAGAUCCAAAGCUUCCUGAACGCCUCAGGUCGGAAUGUGGCGAGUCUCUCUCUCCAGUGGGCCUCUGAAGCCCUUCUUCAGGUCAGGCCUCCCUCAGCCACCAUCAGAGUUUACUGGCUAUGCUGUUGUUUAAGGUUGCAUGUGAUCAUUAUCGUACCGUACGAUGAGUUCAGUAUUGAUCUGUGUGCAAACACGCCGCCAUGACUCGUAGCCUGUUCUGGUCUCAGCCGCCGUGACAGCCUCUCCUGAACUUUAAAGGCUCCUCGUCAUUUGUGGUACUUCUGUUGCAGCAUAGCUUCACUUAGAUCACAGGUUUGUGUAAAUGGUACGUGACUGUGAAUAUAUGACCACAAGAAUACACAAGUGUGUGCUAACAAAGUAAAAAAAGUGUGAGUGUUUGUGCUUUGUUGGUUGGGUUUGUACUGUGUUAGAUGUGUUUUCUUUCAUUAACAUUCAUACCUUAAGCUUUAGUUUGAAGCAAAUGAGAAAUAUCUGUUAAAAUAUACGUUAAUGCUGACA